AUGGUACAGCCAAAAAUUAAUAAGUCAGAGACUCAAGGCUAUACCUCUCCUGAAGCUGGUCCAGGCUCUCAUAUCCAAGCUCAUUGUAAAGAUAGACUUACUAAAUCAAAAGAAAUAGUAACUCAACAAACUAUACUAUUAGAUAAUAUAGAAUUACAAUCUACUGCAAAGAAUAUGUUUAAAAUAGAUAGAACUGAAUAUGUUUUUUCAAACUGGUUUAUAGAAGCUAAAGAGAUAGAUUUGGCCAGUGUAAUAUUAGAAACAGAAAAUAAAGAUAAAGCUAUGAGUAGUCCAAAUGUUAUACUUACAAAAAAAACAAAACCAGAAUUUUGGAUAGAAAUAGAUAAAAAAUUUUUGGUUAGAGAAGUCAGUAAGCAAUCUGAGCAAAAAAUAAAUAAUUGGGAGAAAAAAAUGCGUAUUUCAGAUGCUCAAAUACAAGAUGUAGCAGAGUUAGAAAAAAUUCUUAACACUAUUUUUAAUAACAAAAAAUAUAAAUUAGAUAAGUAUGAAGAAAUAGAAAUAGUAGUUUAUAAUGAGCAUGCAUUCCUUCAAAAUCAUCAUUUUCCAAAGGAUCAAAUAGUUGAAUAUUAUAAAAACAAUACUUGGGAAGCUAUCAAUAAUGCUCUUCAAGUAGUUGACUUAGCAGAGCAAGUAUUUGGUGCAAACUAUACUGAAAGUCAACUUGUCAAUAAAAUCAAUGAAUGGCAUCCAAUAUCUGGAAAAAUAAAUGAUAUUAUAAGACAAGCUUGUGUUAAGUAUAGGCAUGGUAGAUGCUGGAAUGCACCCAGUUAUUACAUUAAUAAUGUCAUAUGUAUUGAUAUAAAAGAAUGCUAUUCAGCAAGUAUGCGAGAUCAAGAAGAAUAUACAUCAUAG